ACAAGUUGGCAUCAAUUUGGGCCGAGCCGUUGCGUCCAGCGCUGCUGGGCCAACGCCCGGGCAGCAGCAUGGUGUGCCAGGAGAACCAGUUCCAGGACGAGCGGGGUCAGUGUGUGGACUGUGGGCAGUGCGGCCCAGGUUGGGAGCUGGCCAAGGAGUGCGGCUACGGGGAAGGGGGCCCAUCCCCUUGUACGGUUUGCCCCCGCCGGAGAUUCAAGGCGACCCAGGGACACCACGGCUGCCAGGCCUGCACCUCCUGUGCCCUCUUCAACCGCGUCCAGACGGCCAGCUGCACGGGCACGGCCGAUGCCGUCUGCGGGCACUGCCUGCCGGGGUUCUACAGCAAGACCCGGAUCGGAGGCCGGCAGGACCGGGAAUGCUUCCCCUGCAGUCCGCAGACGCCGCCCUCGGAGAACCAGUGUCCCGUCCGGCUGGACGCGGGGCAGCCGCCCGGACCCUCGGCAUCGUGGCAGGAAGCCGUGCUGGUCACCCUGGUGAGCUGUGCCCUGGUGGCCAUUGCCCUGGUGCUGGUCGCCCUGGCCUUCCUCUACCUCCGACGCUUCCUCAAGAGCCACUGCCAGCAGGUCUUCAGGAGGUCCCAGGACUUCAUGGGUCAAAUGGGCCCCUGUCCGAUGUCCAGCUCAGGGGGCUGCUCCCCAGAUGAAGAGCCCCCGCCCGGCCCCUGGGGCUUGGCUGCCAAAAGUUGGGGCUCGUGUGUCCGACCGGCUGCAGCUGGAGCAAGUGCGGUGGACGACGUGGCCCCUGGCCUCCAGAUGCCCCUCGCGCCCGCUGGCUGUGAGCUCUGCCCAGCCUGCCCCACUCCGGGCCUGGGCCCCCGGCCAGCUGCGAGUUCCCCGGACACCCAGCUGAUGCUCUGUUCAUCGGAGGGACACUCCGGCUGGGCACCAGGGUCCCUUUCCUCCGCCGGACCCCCCGGUGCCGGCCCCCCUCCCGCCUCCGCCCCCGCCUCCUGCGCCUCGGAGACUCACGCCCGUUGGCCCCACGCUCCCGUCGAGUGCACGGAAUUCGACCUACACAAGUUCUCCAACAUUGGCACCAAUGAGGGGGCAGGGCCGGUGUCCCCCUCCUGCUGCCUCCACGCCAGGCGACCCCCGCAGGCUCCCCAGCCCCCCACAGCAUCCUCGUCCCACGGUGCCCACGUUCCCUGGUGACUCGGCCACACCUGCGUUCGCCGGAUGGGCUCGGAGAAGGGAGCAGGGGUCCCGUCCCCGGCCCCUGGCCUGCCACCAGCCGGGUUUCCACAGGCUGUGGAAGGGUAUGGCCCAUUUUGCCCCCACAGGGGACAAGGGUCUUGAAGCAGGUCUAGUUUUGGGGGGCUUAGGGGGAAG